AUGUCUAACGAUACCCGCGAUGAUAAUGUCCGCACACCAGAAUCUUGGGAACCGGUCUGGAUCGAUAUCGAUAACAUUCCGUAUGCUCAUCACAACGCCCUUGGAGUGCAUCGACUUCUCUACAAGUACGGUCACGUUUCCUCUAUCAACUGCUAUGGUGGAACCAAGAGAGCUUCGGCUCUCAUGUCAUUCGCCCGCACAUCACUCUUCAGCAGGUCUCUGAGUCUCGGAGGACAAAAGCUCAGUAUCAGAAGACGUGUGUUCAAGCCCAGACUUAUCCAGUCUUCGACAAACACUGCAAAGACCAUUGCUCAGAAGGUUACCCUUCCUGUCAACCAGAUCGAGUUUGGUGUGAUGAUCAACGAGCGUCAUAUGAUGGUUAUGCAUACCGUCUCUAGCACUACCGAUCAUCCGAUCACAGUGAUGCUCGAUCUGGCUUCUGACGCAAGACACUCCCUGGAGUUCCGCUUCUUUCUCACGGCUGAGCAAGGUGCACCCUGGUACCGCGCUGAACUUCGCCUCAGCAUAUCUUUUGAAGUCAAGAAAAUCCAACAUGAAGACGGCCACAAAGAGCUGGUCAUCACUUCUCAGUUCCCCCCAAGGUGGUGGCAGAGUGUAGAUGAGAGCCUUCUGCAAGAUAUUCAUAGUGACAAUCGCGAACCUCUCAACUUCCAAGACUGGCCGAGAGGUUGGCGCCGUGUCACCGACAUCGAUCUCAAUCCAGAAGAGCGCCAUCUGAGUCCAGUGGCUUUUCUACCACCCAGCCCAGUCGUCGACACAGGUCGCUGGCUGACAUGGAAGUUGAGUUUCCCUGUUGGAGUCGAUGAUACUACUUACCAAACAAUCGUUGAUGUCUUGGAGAAUCACAAUGUGACUGUUCAGACACAUGGUUCUGCUGAAUUCGAGACCGUCCCGCGAGAAGAUCCAGUCGUUUGGGACUUACUCGACCCACAUCAAGCCUCGUACGAGUCAGAUCUUCACCAGAUGCAAGACGAGAUGAUGCAUCUUGGGCAAGAUAUUCGCUAUCAACUGGAGGUCUGUAUCUCGAAUAACAAAUUCAUCGAACACACCUUGACCAGGGAGUUCCUCUUCGAGCUGAGUGCCUUGGACAAAGACUUCAUACGCGACCCCAACAACCCCUCGAGUAUGUCACCAGCCCUUGUCCUCCUCGAGAAUGUCGCAGACUCUAAGCAGACGUUCUUCAAUCCUAUGCACAUCUUCCAAGAAUACCAGCUUCGCCAUCCACGAAAGCGCCGCGUUCCCAAAGGCUGUGUCUUGAUGAGAACAGCCAUCAUCACUCCCACCACCUUCUACGUCAAGACAUCAUCUGUGGAGGUGUCGAAUCGCGUGGUCAGGGAUCGUCUAUAUGCUGUAGAGAACUUUCUACGCGUCAGGUUCGAAGAUGAAGACUCAUUCGGUCGCCUCAUGCCUAUGCCACAUUACGAAAACCAGCACGAGGUAUGGGCUCGUAUAGAGCGCUGUCUUCGUCACGGGAUCGAUAUCGCCGGCCGCCACUACGAUUGGCUUGCUUGUGGUAACUCCCAAUUCCGUGAGAGAGGCGCAUACUUCUUUACGCCUUGGAGCGAGAACAUAACGGCUCGCAGCAUCCGCGAGACGCUCGGUGACUUUUCCAGUAUCAACGUCGUUGCCAAGUGCAUGGCUCGCAUUGGUCAGUGUUUCUCAACCACUAGAGCUUCCAACAGUAUUGGCGGAAUUCCCGAUGUGCUGAUCAAGGAUAUCGAGCGAAAUGGAUACUGCUUCACAGACGGUGUCGGCAAAGUCUCCCCUUUCAUUGCUAAGAUGGUUACCAACGAAUUGUAUGGCAACUCUGCUCCCAAUGACUACCCAUCUGCUUUUCAGUUCCGAAUGGGCGGUUACAAGGGUAUACUUGUGGUCGACCCGACAUUGAAGGGCAGCAAGAAGAUUCACGUCAGACCAAGUCAGCGCAAAUUCGAUACGAAUAAGGGACACACACUUGAGAUCAUCAAGCCUUCGAAGUUCUCUUCUUCGACUCUCAAUCAGCAGCUUAUCCUGGUUCUCACCACACGAGGUGUACCAAAGCAGGUCUUUGUCGACAAGAUGACCAAAGAACUGCAGAAUAUCGACCUCGCGAUGAAGGACGAGAGUAUGGCCCUGAAUAUGCUGCAGAAGAACGUUGACUUCAAUCAAAUCACAUUGACCAUGUCAGGAAUGAUACUGGAUGGUUUCAUGCACUCUGAGGAUCCCAUGUGCGAGAUUCUCCUGCAGCUCUGGCGUGCCUGGAACCUGAAACAUCUCAAAUACAAGGCCAAGCUCUUCAUCGAAAAGGGUGCGUUCGUCCUUGGCUGCGUCGACGAAACAGACACGCUCAGGAUGGAUCCAGGCGAGCUCCCUGAGAUAUUCAUACAAGUACCUGGAGAGAAGGAAGGCGAGUGGAAGACUGCUGAGGGAGUUUGUCUUCUGGCACGCAACCCAUCCUUGCAUGCUGGCGACAUCCGCGUUGUCAGAGCUGUGCCCUGUGAAGCUUUGAAGCAUCUCAAGAACGUUGUCGUUCUGCCUCAGCGGGGACAGAGACCGCUUGCAAACAUGUGUUCCGGUGGAGACCUGGAUGGUGACGAUUAUCUGAUCAUGUGGGAUGAUGACUUGCUACCACCGGUGGCGAAGUGGAAUUGGGAACCCAUGAACUAUGAUGCACCUACCCCUGUUAUGUGUGUCGGACCCGUUCAGGAUGAGCAUUUUGUCAAGUUCUUCGUCGACUACAUCAAGAACGACAAACUUGGUGCAAUCGCCACAAGUCACCGUGCUAUAGCCGACCAUGAGGGCUCAAACCAAGGAGUGGCAUACUGGAAAUGCGAGAAGCUAGCUCAACUGCACUCGCAAGCUGUCGAUUUCAACAAGACCGGUGUCCCAGCCAAAGUGGACAAUGAUCUCUGGCCCAGAAGAUGGCCUCAUUGGAUGCCAGGGAAGCCCAAGUCCAAGCAGUAUAUUUCUCGAGAAGUGAUUGGAGUUCUCUACGACAUGGUACAGCCUGAGCCAUUUGCGCCUCGCCUCGAGAAACCGUUCGACAGACGUAUCCUUGACGCGUACGUCUUGACUGAUUCACAUUUGGAGAAGGCUAGAGAGCUCAAGAUCGGAUACGACCAACAGAUUCGUCGUGUCAUGGUCCAGCACAGCAUCAAGACCGAGUUCGAGGUCUGGACAGCCUUCGUCAUGGAGCACAACAGAGAGCAACACUGGUACUCGUUGGCAGAGGAUCUUGGAAACCUGAUGAGCAGCAUCAAGACAGACUUCCAGGCUCAGGUUAAAGAGUAUCUCGGGCUCGUCGACUCUGGCUACAUGAUCUCUGAGAAGACCUUCGACAUCCUUGGGCCUUUUGUGGCUGCUAUGUACACCAUCACCGAACAGGAAGUGACACAGUGGAAGGGAAACAGACAGGUGUCCUUUGACGAAGACGACAUGAAUGCGCCAUUGAUCACGUACCCCUGGCUCUUUGGCAGAGAGCUAGGAAAGAUCGCUACCAGGAAGUCCGGACCUUCGGCACUGCGCACAGCAUUCGCCGCCAACGGCGAUGUCAAGCGCAGAGCGCCGGUCGUCAAGUCCAACUACAAGGCAGAGCUGCACAGCAUCAAGCUCGAGCCUCUUCCCGAAUGGAAGCCGGAGCAUGCUGUGGUUGACCACGUGGAAAAGACGGCUUUUGAUGUCGCAGCGGUCCAGAGGCUGGAGGAGAAGUUGGAGAUUACUGGAGGAGAUGACAAGGCAAUGGACGAGAUGGCCGUGACACCCAAGAAGUCCGCGGAUGGAGACGCAGUGGAUGGUGCCGACAGAAUGAGAGGAGCAGGCACCGAAGAAGAAACGGAGGACGAAGUGUUAGAAGAGCAGAGCUCAGAGGAGCAGAGUUCAGCAGAGCAGACUUCGGAAGAUGAAGAGGCUGAAGAGGAAGACCAAGAAGAGACUGGAGUAUCGAAGGAGGAAUCACAACAAGCAGGAGCUGGAGAGGCUGAGCCUAGAGAUGAAGGCGAAGUGGAGGAUCUUGACCAGCAAGGAGGAGAGGAAGAAGGAGCAGAGGAGGGCGAGAGUGCAUACGAUCGUCUGAUGGCCAUGAUGUCCUUGUAG